AUGUACUCUCGAUUACCCCCGGAACCUCAACGAAAGGAACCUCAAAUAGACCUCUAUCCAGAUACACAAGACGAAGGAUCAAAGUCAGGGUUCUCAAAUUACUUGGAUGAAUUUCUGAGUGCUAUCAAAAUCUUUGGUUAUUUGGAACGUCCUGUUUUUCAUGAACUCACGCGCUCCAUGCAAACAAGAAAGCUGAUAGCUGGCGAAACCUUGAACCUUGAAGAGGAGAAGGGAUUUUGUUUGGUAGUCGAUGGAUUAGUGGAGAUUUUUGUCAAAUCGGCUCGAGAAGGACGUGAAUCAGAUACCGAUCCCACGUCGUAUGAACGAGAAGAUUCGGAUAGUGGAUCUGGCCCUCACCGAGGUGGUCAUCAUCAGGGUUACCAAUUAUUGACCGAGGUAAAGAAUGGUGCACCUAUGUCAUCUCUCUUUUCUAUACUUUCACUCUUUACAGAAGAUGUCAAAUUGAGACAUUCUGAUGACGAAGAUUUUGAUGGGAGUGUUUCUGGUACUCCUUAUGGCAAUUCAGAUCAUCACGAAUUUGGAAAUAGCCAUGAAGCUCCUCCAUCACUUCCCACAAGUCCAAUAUAUGGGGCCCUUACUCAAGAUGGUCAAAGAGAUGGUAGGGAUCGUCGUGCUUCGGCAACAAAUGUUAAUGGAAGAAUACCCCCGUUGUCAUUAGAUGCUUCAGCCGAUAUUCAUCCACGUCGGCCUAGGCCUAAGAGGUUGACUACAACUUCCGUACAUCCUGACAUCGUGGCUAGAGCUACAGUGGAUACUACAAUUGCUAUAAUACCUGCUAGCGCUUUCCGUCGAUUAACAAGAGUAUAUCCUAAGGCUACAGCACAUAUCGUCCAGGUCAUUUUAACAAGAUUACAGAGAGUUACUCUUGCGACUGGUCAUUCUUAUCUUGGGUUAACUAGCGAGGUUUUGCGCACUGAAAAGCAUAUGAACAAGUACACGACAUACGAAUUGCCGAAUUUCCUCCGUGGAGAUGCGUUGAAGCGCUUGAAGGAAAAGUUCAUUCGCGAAAAGGAGAGGAUUGGCACGGAAGAAGGUAGCAAAGGUAUUGCUUUGCAUAAUGCUGGAGCCGGAAGACGGCGCAGAUCCAGUCAUAGCCUCAGAAAAGAAGCCACAAUGCACGCAUCGUCGGUCAGUGCUUCUAUGUCGAUGUCCAGACAAACCUUCGAAGCACACGGUGGGGAUUCCAGUGUCAGCCCUAGUCCUGGAGAUCUUCUUACGAAUAUUCAGAUGUCACGAUACGGUGGUAGGAAACCUGCUUCAAGUGUGAAAGGUUCUAGUCCUCAAGUAUGGCAUCAUGAUGCUCAAAGUCCUCUUUCUCAGAGGACUUCAAAUCCAUUCAAUAGUCCUAUGAAUUCACGAAUACCUCUUCAUCGCCAAGAAUCGAUUGAUGAAGAUGGGAUGUUUAGGAAAUCUAUUUUGGAAUGUAUAUUCAAGGCUAUCGGUCUUACAAACACUAAGAAUGCAUUGCGUAUGUCAGAUUCUGUUGAAGGCUCGCCUCGAAUGCUUUCAUAUGAUCAGAAGCGUCAAAAGGCAUUUUUUACCAACAAUUCCUUUACUACCAACGCCUUCGGCCUUAUUGAUCCCUACGAAGGUUCUGUAGAUGACACUGAAUCAGUGACAUCUGGUGGAGUCAGUGCUGGUGGAUAUCCAAGUACGCAGGGGCUUGCCCAAGAACUCAAGGAUGAAGUAGAGAUUGUUUACUUCCCAAAAGGCUCGGUACUUGUGGAACAAGGAGAGAGAAACCCUGGGCUGUAUUAUGUUAUUGAUGGCUUCCUAGAUGUUAGCGUUCCUGUUGACGAGAAGUCCGAUUCCAUGGUGUUAGGCCAAUCUUUCCGACACUCUUCGAACGCCAAGAACGCCAAUGAUCCGAUGCCUUCACUAUCUAGAACGAAGACCGCCUCAUCGCGUGCUUCAGGGUCUGCUUUUGGUAGUGCAGGGCAUGAGGGUAAAAAGAGAAAGACAACAGACCGAAAAAGUUUGGCACUUAUAAAACCAGGUGGUAUUGCAGGUUACAUUGGUACCAUAUCCUCUUAUCGAUCGUUCAUUGAUGUUGUUGCAAAAACAGACGUUUAUGUAGGAUUCUUGCCGCGAACAUCACUGGAAAGAAUUGUUGAGAAGUAUCCUGUCGUACUCCUGACUAUGGCUAAACGUCUCACCAGUCUAUUGCCCAGAUUAAUCCUGCACAUAGACUUUGCUCUUGAAUGGGUACAGGUGAGCGCCGGUCAAGUCAUCUACCACCAAGGCGAUGAUAGUGAUGCAAUUUACAUUGUCUUGAACGGCCGACUUCGACUUGUAGUCAAUAAUGACGAGGCUGGAAUGAAAGUCAUCGGCGAGUAUGGACAAGGUGAGAGUGUUGGAGAACUAGAAGUCAUGACGGAAUCGGUCAGACCUGCUACACUGCAUGCUAUUCGAGAUACUGAACUCGCUAAAUUUCCCAAGACACUUUUCAACAGUCUAGCGCAAGAACACCCAGGUAUCACGAUCAAAAUCUCCAAGAUUAUUGCAUCUCGCAUGCGAGCUUUAGUGGAAGAGCCUGUCUUCGUACAAACUAAAGAGAAAGUUACUGGUGCUACGAAUGAUAAAGUAUCUUCGACUGUCAAUCUUCGUACUGUUGCUAUACUUCCCGUUACCGCUGGAGUACCUGUGGUCGAGUUUGGUAGUCGUUUAAUGAAUGCUUUGACUCAAAUCGGAGCACCUAAUGGUGUAACUUCUCUCAAUCAAGCAGCUAUUCUUAAUCAUCUUGGCAGGCAUGCUUUCAGUCGUAUGGGAAGACUUAAACUUUCACAAUAUCUUGCUGAUCUGGAGGAGAAGUAUGGCCUGGUUUUGUAUAUUGCUGCAGAUGGUUCACCAGCUAUUGGAGAAUACGAACGCUUCUUAUUAGGAAUGAAAACCACUGCGAGAAAGGAAUUGGUAUUAUUGCAUGCAGACCGCUUCUCAUCACCUGGUGUGACUCGUGCAUGGCUUAGAAAUCGAGUCUGGAUCAAUGGCGGGCACCAUCAUGUGCAAAUGGACUUCAGAACUAGUGCUGUCCCAGUACAUCCUCAAACAAGAAAGUUCGGAACCGCAUUGAAACAACGAGUACAAGUGAUUCAGGCAGAAAUUCAAAAAUUCACAUCCCGCCGUGUACGACAAUCGCCACUUUACUCCGCAGAGACUCCAUUCAAAGGCGACUUUCACCGGAUCGCUAGACGUCUUUGCGGCAAAUCUAUUGGUCUGGUUCUCGGAGGAGGUGGUGCACGUGGUAUAUCUCAGGUUGGGAUUAUAAAAGCUAUGGAAGAAUCUGGAAUUCCGAUUGACAUAAUUGGAGGAACUUCUAUUGGAUCUUUCAUUGGCGCAUUAUAUGCUCGUGAUGCAGAUGUAGUUCCUAUGUAUGGACGCGCAAAGAAAUUUUCAGGCCGCAUGGCAAGCAUGUGGCGCUUUGCACUGGAUUUAACGUAUCCAUCUGCUUCCUAUACUACUGGUCAUGAAUUCAACCGUGGUAUCUUCAAGACGUUCGGCAAUACUCAGAUUGAAGAUUUCUGGCUAGAGUUCUAUUGCAACACUACCAAUAUCAGUAAAAGUCGAUCUGAAAUCCAUACCAGUGGAUAUGCAUGGAGAUACGUAAGAGCAUCUAUGUCUCUUGCUGGACUUCUCCCACCACUGUGCGAUGAAGGAAGUAUGCUGUUAGAUGGUGGAUAUGUAGAUAACCUGACGGUUUCUCACAUGAAGUCUCUAGGCGCUGAUAUCAUCUUUGCUAUUGAUGUCGGCAGCCUUGAUGACGAUAUACCACAGAACUUCGGUGACUCACUUUCUGGAUUCUGGGCAUUUGCAAAUCGUUGGAACCCAUUCUCAUCAUAUCCGAAUCCUCCCACUUUGGCUGAGAUCCAAGCACGUUUGGCAUAUGUAUCCAGUGUCGAUGCUUUGGAAAGAGCGAAAACAACUCCAGGAUGUCUUUACAUGAGACCUCCAAUUGACGAAUAUGGAACUCUGGACUUUGGUAAAUUCGAUGAAAUUUAUCAGGUUGGUUACAAAUUCGGACAUGAAUAUUUGGCAAAGAUGAGAGAACAGGGUAUUCUUCCUCUAGUGGAUGAGACGGAAGAGAAAAAGGCAUUGAGGAGAACUAUGGCUCCGAGACGAGCAAGUAUUUAG